GAAAGAAGGGAUGGUGGUUGUAAAGGAAAUUGAAAUUGUGAAUGGCUAGAGCAAACCCUAGUGAAUAAAGAUAGGCUGAUAGCGUUUCUUUACCCACAAGAGAACAUUGGGCGAAUUGAAUCGAAUUAGUAUUUUUGUGUGUGUUGUAGACGUAGUGAGAAGGAUGUGGUGGAGAUCGGCAUCAUUCAUCAUGGACAGACAGCAGAACGAAGCCGCUUUGAAGGGGGAAUCUUCCCCAAACCCUAACCCUAACCCUAAGAUCUCUGCCUACUAUGAGACCAGAGCGGCGCAUCACGGCGUCGUCACCAGCGACUGGCUGGCCCAGGCCCAGGCCGCGAUUGGGCCGGAGCCUGACCCUGAACCCCAACCCAGGCCUGAUCCUGAGAAGCCCUUCAGUGUCAUCGACGAGUUUAACAAUUGGCGGAAACAGCCCCAUUUGGCGGAGGCGGUGGCGGCGAUUCGCGCCUUGGCCGCGGUGAUAAGGUGGAGCGAGGCUACGACGAUGAUGCAGCUGGAAAUGGAGUUGAAGAAGGCAUCCGAUUCUCUCAAGUCUUGGGAUGCGACCUCUAUCUCUCUCACUGCGGGAUGUGAUCUCUUCCUGCGAUACGUCACUCGGACUUCUGCUUUGGAAUACGAAGACUUCAAUUCCGCUAAAUCUCGCUUGAUUGAGCGCGCUGACAAGUUUGGGGAAAUCUCCUACAAGGCCCGCAAUGUUAUUGCAAUGUUGAGCCAGGAUUUUAUAUUUGAUGGAUGUACAAUUUUGGUUCAUGGAUUUUCCAGAGUUGUCUUGCAAGUCCUCAAACUUGCAGCGCACAAUAACAAACUAUUUCGGGUCUUUUGCACAGAGGGGAGACCUGACCGAACAGGAUUGCGGUUGGCCAAUGAGCUGGCCAAGCUUGACGUUCCUGUGAAACUUCUAAUAGAUUCUGCUGUCGCAUAUACUAUGGAUGAGGUGGACAUGGUUUUUGUGGGUGCAGAUGGAGUUGUCGAAAGUGGGGGCAUAAUCAACAUGAUGGGGACCUACCAAAUUGCAUUGGUUGCACAUAGUAUGAAUAAACCAGUUUAUGUCGCUGCUGAAAGUUACAAGUUUGCUCGUCUUUACCCUCUUGACCAAAAGGAUUUAGCCCCUGCUAUACGCCCUAUUGAUUUUGGCGUACCUAUUCCAUCCAAGGUUGAGGUUGAAAGAUCCGCGCGGGACUACACCCCUCCUCAAUAUCUGACUCUGCUUUUCACAGAUUUAGGUGUUCUGACUCCAUCUGUUGUUAGUGAUGAGCUCAUCCAGCUAUACCUAUAGUUGUAUCCAUGUAUAAAUUUUGACCUGUUCUUUUAAAAUGUUGCCUUCAAUUCAACAUCAUGUCUAACAAUUACGUAGUUUUCGUAUCAAGCAUUGCGUUUCUUUGUGCAACAA